ACUAGAGAUUAAAAAAAAAACAUAUACAUUAAAGUGAACUAGAGAACUAGAGAACAAAACCAAAUAUGAGUUUAAGCGUUGAGCUCAAGGAUUUGGAGGUCUUAACAACGAACGCAAAGCAAAUACAAGAUGAUGUAUUGAAGGAGAUACUCACACUUAACGCCAACACAGAGUAUCUCAAACGUUUUCUCGAUGGAAGCUCUGAUAAAGAGUUGUUCAAGAAGAACGUACCGGUGGUGAGCUACAAUGAUGUCAAGCCUUAUAUCGAACGUGUUGCGAAUGGAGAGCCCUCGGAUGUGAUUUCAGGUGGAACCAUUACAAGAUUCGUCCAAAGCACGGGAACUUCAGGAGGGAUACAUAAAAUAUUUCCAGUGAACGAUAAGUACAUAGAGAAUCUUGGAUACCUUUUGGCUGUAUCCUCUCUCAUUACUUCCAAACAUUUCAGUGACAAGGUAGAUGAGAAAGGAAAGAAAAUGGCGUUUCUUUACAACAGAUUAGAAUCCAAAACUCCCUCCGGAUUAGCCCUUUCUUCAUCAUUUACAAGCUAUUUCAUGAGCGAUUACUUCAAAAACCGGUCAUCAAAAUGUAAUUCUGAGUACACAAGCCCCGACCAAGUCAUAUUGUGCCCCGACAACAACCAAAGUGUGUAUUGUCAUCUUCUAUGUGGGCUUUCCCAGAGAGAAAAGGUUGUGGGAGUUAGUGCAACAUUUGCUCAUGCCUUAAUCAAAGCAAUAAAUGCUCUUCAAAUUUACUGGAAGGAAUUGUCUAGUAAUAUCCGGUCAGGUCAUGUUAGUGAGUGGAUCACUGACCUUGACUGCAAAAAUGCUGUCUCAGCCAUUCUUGGAGGACCUGACCCUGAAUUGGCUGAUGUGAUUGAACAAGAAUGCAGCCACAAGUCAUGGGAAGGUAUCAUCACACGACUUUGGCCCAAAGCAAAGUUUAUUGAAUGCAUUGUUACAGGACAAAUGGCCCAAUACAUUCCAACAUUGGACUUCUAUUCCAACAAGCUUCCUAUAGUUUCCAUGGUAUAUGGGUCUUCUGAAAGUAUAUUUGGGGUGAAUGUGGAUCCUUUAUCCAAACCACAAGAUGUGUCCUACACAUUUCUGCCCAAUAUCUCCUACUUUGAGUUUCUACCUAUUGAUCAUGAGGAAGAUAUGAACACCAUUGUUGAUCUUGUCGGUGUCAAGCUAGGGUGCUAUUAUGAAACCGUGGUUACUAGUUAUUUUGGUCUACACAGGUAUCUUAUUGGAGAUAUUCUACAGGUGACUGGAUUCUACAAUAACACACCUCAAUUUAGAUUCGUACGCAGAAAGAAUAUUGUGUUAAGCGUCAAUAGUGAAGCAACAACUGAACAGGACAUUUUAAAGGGGUUGGCUAGUGCGACCCUUGUUCUUGAGUCUUCAAAUUCAAUGUUGACGGGUUUCACAUGUUAUGCGGAUAUCUCCAGUUUUCCAGGUCACUACGUCUUUUACUGGGAACUCAAAGCAAAAGAUGUUGACGAUGUUGUUGAGCUUGAUGAAAAUGUAUUGGAAGAAUGUUGCUAUGCGUUAGAGGAAUCGUUUGAUGCUCUUUAUAAAAGACUAAGGAGUAAAGAAGGGUCAAUUGGAGCUCUAGAGAUAAAAGUGGUGCAACAAGGAACAUUUGAUUCUCUCAUGGAAUAUUUCAUCUCCAAAGGUGGUUCGGUUGCUCAAUACAAGACACCUAUGUGUAUCAACUCUUCGGAAACCUUAGCAGUUCUUGAAGAUAAGGUUAUUGCUCGAUUCUACAGCCAAAAAUCUCCUCCUCUUAACUUAUAGUUCUUUGUAUUAUAAUUUCUUUUAAAAGUCUUGGAAAACAACAUGAAACAAAGCACUUAUGUUGUUUGUAUGCCUAUAUAUGGUUGCAUGUUAUAAUAACGGAAACGCGUGUAAGUAAUGUUAUUUAUAAACAUUUUCACAACUAGCACCACAAUUAGUCCAU